AAAGCACCUAGGGACAAUCAAACUCAACAAGAAAAAGAAACGCCCAAAGCCAAGCAGCAAAAUCAUUCAAGCAAUAUCAGCCGACCAUCUUCUUCAACUUCUGAGAGAGAAAAAAGAUUAGUAAAGAAGAAGAACGGGAGCUUUGAAUCCGAUUUAGAGAUUCAUCGAACCUUUUCCAUUAUUCAAAGCGCAUCAAGGGAAACUAUGACCAGUGUAAAUUAAACGAGUUUUUCCGUUUGGGGAAAGAGAAAGGAAAAAGGAAAAUGAGAGCGGAAGAAGAACAGAGAAAGCAAGAGAACGAACAACCAACCAAUAAUCCAAUUACUGUAUCCCAAUUCCUCGCUUGGAAGCGCCAAAAGGAUGCAGAAACAUCAGCUAAGAAAGCUGAGGCAGCUAGAAAGCGUGCUGAAGAUAUAGCAGCCGGAACCGUGCAAAUGAACGGACGGGAGCUUUUCUUACAUGAACCUUGGGUUUUUGAUAACUCCCAAUAUUAAGUUAGUUUCAAGGAAUGACCAUGAAACAUUGAUUUCAGUAGGUGAUACUGCAUAGAUGCUCUGCCUCUUGAGUUCCCGGUCUUAAAUGUCUGUUUAUUCAAGAGAAAGUAAAAUAAGUCCUAUUGGAAAAACAGGUAAUUUCUAGGUUUCCGGUUACAGUGUCGACAAUGUAUUAAAUCAUUUUACUCUUUCCCCUUUGUUGAUGCUUAGACUACCUGGAUCAAUUUAUUAUUGCCAUAUUGUUCGAUGAA